GAGAACUCAAAUUCUUUUCACCAUUUUGACUCCAGCCACGCCCAUGAUGCCCACCCUGUGAAGAUCUCCCCUACCAUCCGAAAAGUAACGAAAUGUCCCUGCUCUUCUCUCGAUGCAACUCUAUCGUCACAGUCAAGAAGGACAAGAGACACAUGGCUGAGGUGAAUGCUUCCCCACUCAAGCACUUUGUCACUGCCAAGAAGAAGAUCAAUGGCAUCUUUGAGCAGCUGGGGGCCUACAUCCAGGAGAGCACUAUAUUCCUGGAAGACACCUACAGGAAUGCAGAGUUGGACCCUGUUACGACGGAGGAACAGGUUCUGGACGUCAAAGGUUACCUGUCCAAAGUGAGGGGCAUCAGUGAGGUGCUGGCCCGGCGGCACAUGAAAGUGGCUUUUUUUGGCCGGACAAGUAAUGGAAAAAGCACUGUGAUCAAUGCCAUGCUUUGGGACAAAGUUCUGCCCUCUGGGAUCGGCCACACUACCAAUUGCUUCCUACGGGUGGAGGGCACAGAUGGCCAUGAGGCCUUCCUCCUCACCGAGGGCUCGGAGGAGAAGAGGAAUGUUAAGACUGUGAACCAGCUGGCCCAUGCCCUUCACCAGGACGAGCAGCUACAUGCCGGCAGCCUGGUGAGCGUGAUGUGGCCCAACUCUAAGUGCCCCCUUCUGAAGGAUGACCUUGUGCUGAUGGACAGCCCUGGUAUUGAUGUUACCACAGAGCUGGACAGCUGGAUUGACAAGUUUUGCCUGGAUGCUGAUGUGUUUGUGCUGGUGGCCAACUCGGAGUCCACCCUCAUGCAGACCGAGAAGCAGUUCUUCCACAAGGUGAGCGAGCGCCUCUCCCGCCCAAACAUCUUCAUCCUCAACAACCGUUGGGACGCGUCUGCCUCGGAGCCCGAGUACAUGGAGGAGGUGCGGCGGCAACACAUGGAACGUUGUACCAGCUUCCUGGUGGAUGAGCUGGGUGUGGUGGAUCGAGCCCAGGCCGGGGACCGCAUCUUCUUUGUGUCUGCCAAGGAAGUACUCAACGCCAGAAUCCAGAAAGCCCAGGGCAUGCCUGAAGGAGGGGGUGCUCUUGCAGAAGGCUUUCAAGUAAGGAUGUUUGAAUUUCAGAAUUUUGAGAGGCGAUUCGAGGAGUGCAUCUCCCAGUCUGCUGUGAAGACCAAAUUUGAGCAGCACACGGUCCGGGCCAAACAGAUUGCGGAGGCCGUGCGCCUCAUCAUGGACUCUCUGCACAUUGCAGCACAGGAGCAGCGGGUUUACUGUUUGGAAAUGCGUGAAGAGCGGCAAGACCGGCUGCGGUUUAUUGACAAACAACUGGAGCUCUUGGCUCAAGACUACAAACUGCGAAUUAAGCAGAUUACAGAGGAAGUGGAAAGACAGGUGUCGACUGCGAUGGCAGAGGAGAUCAGGCGUCUUUCUGUGCUGGUGGACGAUUACCAGAUGGAUUUUCACCCUUCUCCCGUGGUUCUCAAGGUUUAUAAGAACGAGCUGCACCGCCAUAUAGAGGAGGGAUUGGGCCGGAACAUGUCGGACCGCUGUUCCACGGCCAUCACUAACUCCCUGCAAACCAUGCAGCAGGAAAUGAUUGAUGGCUUGAAGCCCCUACUCCCUGUGUCUGUGCGGAGCCAAAUAGAUAUGCUGGUUCCUCGGCAGUGCUUCUCCCUCAGCUAUGACCUGAACUGUGAUAAGCUGUGUGCUGACUUUCAGGAGGACAUCGAGUUCCAUUUUUCUCUCGGGUGGACCAUGCUCGUGAAUAGGUUCCUGGGCCCCAAGAACAGCCGUCGGGCCUUGAUGGGCUACAACGACCAGGUUCAGCGUCCUGUCCCUCUGACACCAGCCAACCCCAGCAUGCCACCCCUGCCACAGGGCUCACUUACUCAAGAAGAGCUCAUGGUCUCCAUGGUAACUGGCCUGGCCUCCUUGACGUCCAGGACCUCCAUGGGGAUUCUCGUUGUUGGAGGAGUGGUGUGGAAGGCAGUGGGCUGGCGGCUCAUUGCUCUCUCCUUUGGGCUCUAUGGCCUUCUGUACGUCUAUGAGCGUCUGACCUGGACCACCAAGGCCAAGGAGAGGGCCUUCAAGCGCCAGUUUGUGGAGUAUGCCAGCGAGAAGCUUCAGCUCAUCAUCAGCUACACAGGCUCCAACUGCAGCCAUCAAGUCCAGCAGGAACUGUCUGGGACUUUUGCUCAUUUGUGCCAGCAAGUCGACAUCACCCGGGAGAACCUGGAGCAGGAAAUUGCUGCCAUGAACAAGAAAAUUGAAGUUCUUGAUUCACUUCAGAGCAAAGCAAAACUGCUCAGGAAUAAAGCUGGGUGGUUGGACAGUGAGCUUAACAUGUUCACUCACCAGUACUUACAGCCCAGCAGAUAA